GUCAUCGAUGGCAUUCAGAGUGAUGUCAUCGUGGCACAUGUCGGCUUCUACAUCGGUUCCAGAGCAGGUAGAUCCAGCAUCAUGGCUCCGAAGGUGAGACAGCAAGUUGAAGCAGUCUCCUUGGGCCCACAGGUCCGGGAGGGAGAGAUCGUUCAUCCAACUGCGGUGCUGGUAGCUGUGAAGCCGUGUCGACCAUGCCAUGGGUUCAAGCGGGUGGGUUUUUCCAGCAGUUGCCCGGAUCCUUCGUUUACGAGGUCUGGGCGACGUGCGAUGUCGACUUCAAUGAACACCUUGGAAAUAUCGAACCUCGGCAGCUCUGAUGAGCGGAUUGCAGCCAGGCGACAGCGAGCAGAGGCCAAGCUCAAGCAGGACAAGGAGGAGGCGGAAGGUAAGAAGACCAAGAAGGACGACACAGCAGAGCAGGUUUCACUCGGCAAAGAGCAGUAUGCAAAAUCGGUGGCGGAACUCGAGCGCUUCCGAACAGAAACUUGGGAAGAGUUGACCAGCAUUCGUGUACGUUUCGACGACCAGGAGAACCAGCGUCGUAUUGUCGAAGAGAACAACCGUCUGGACAGAUACGAGGCUCUCCAGAUCGAAGCUGUUACCAGCGGACGCAAGAAUGCAGCUAUUGAGAUGAAGUGGGCUGACCUUCUAAACAUGGACAUUCCGCAGGAGCUGAACGACCAGCUCCAGUUUCAGAAGAUUGCUUGUGGAGACAUCAUCAAGUCCAAAGAUAGGCGGAUAGACGACUUCAAAGCCGAGUUGAAAAACAAGGAUGAAGAGUACAUCAAGAUGCUCAAGCAGCAAAGCGUGGACAUCACCACCCUCAUCUCCAAGAUGCGGGAGCAGUAUCACGCACUGAGACAGCAUUACGAGAAAGAGCUGGAAGAUAUCGAGCAAGCAUUUGAAGACGAGCGAAAAGAGAUGCUUCAGAAGAAUAAAGCGGAAAUAGAGGCACUGUUUGAGAAGAGAAGACAAAUGGAGGAGAAUGAAUUCCUCGAAAGACGGCAGGAGCGUGAAAGAGGAUUUCAGCAGCAAAUAGAAGAGCUCAGAACGGACAAUGCUGAUGGAUACAAUAAGUGCAAAAUUGCACUGGAAAAGGGUAUUCAGGAACUAGAGCAGCACUUGGAGAAGAUGGUUGCGACAUACCUCCUCAACAAGGAGAAGCUGGAGUACAAUCUCCAGGUUCUUUCUGAACGAAACAAGGAGCAUACUGCCAUCCAGUCUUCGUACAAAAACCGCUUGAAUCGACUUCGGGAGACUUUGAAUACCCUGAUGGGUCGGUACAACACCUUGGACCAGAAGUACAAGACUCACAAUCACGAGCUCACAGAAGAGUACAAGCGCCUGACCAAGCAGUUCAAGGACCUGCAGGAGAAGUUUCAACACUUCGAGCAGGCCGACGAGAAGAAGUUCAGAGAGGUUUGGGAGAUGAACGAGGCCGAGGUGCGAGGUCUUAUGACCAAGGUCCUCGAGGCAGAUCGGCUUCUUCAUGAACAGCAGCUGGGCCACGAGUGGGUCCCUCCAAAGGAGGAGCUGCUACAGCAGGAGUUGGACACUUUCUCGGAGUCGGGCACGACUACCGGGAAGAGCACGGCUCUGGAGUCGGCCGAAAUGGGGCAGUCAGACUCCGGGAAGUUUUCUGCAACGAAGGUCAAGAAGGUAUUGGAUCUCAUAAAAGAGGAGACCCAGUUCCUGCUCGACAUGAAGGAUUCUAGGGACACUACGAUUUCAUCAGAUGUCAUCCAUUUCCGUCUCUCUCAGCCAUCACGGCCACCCGGGCUUUUGCCAGUUCUUGCAGCCAUGCGACGCAAGAGCCCGGGGAGUGCGGGAAAUGGCGGGCUGGAGCGGCCGAUCUCUCAGGAGAUGGAGGCAACACAGCUCUUGGAGGUGCGGAUCGCGACCAGCGACAUGGAAGCGCAGGAUGGGACGCUGAUUCCCAGGCUUGCAAGCAUGGUGAACCGAGCCUAUGGCUACAGGCGAAUCUCUGAGCAUGAUGUUCGCAGUCGAGUGGCCAUGGGGGAUGGUGGAGGCUGUGCCAACAGAGUGUUGCAUUUGGCUUUCCGCGAUUCUCAGCUUGUUGGCUGCUGCUCCUCCACGAUACAGCCGCCAUUUACGUGCUGCGGCUGCGGACACUGGGGGCUGAUGGUCGUGGAUCCUGCAGCGCAGGGCUCUGGCGUCGCUUCGGCCCUGGCGGUGGCUGCCGAGCAGCGUCUAGCCCGGGCAGGGUGCGUGGCGGUGCAGAUCGAGUAUCAGUUCACGGUCGGCGACGAGUUUUGUGAAAGGCUGCGUGGCUGGUACGAAGGGCAGCUUGGUUUCCGAUGCCUCACUGGGGCGCCCAGCGCCGUCACAGGCAGCCGAGAGUUUCGUCUUUGCCACAAGUGGCUACGGCCCACUGGCCCAUAUGAUUUCGAAGAGGUUGCGUACCCGCCGCUGGUCCGUGACCAGCUGGCCGAGCUCCCUCCCGAGCAGCGGGACGCCCGGGUCUUGCAGAUCGAUGCCCUUCUUCGCUACAUUGGCGUGGAAGGGCAGCAGGACGUGGAUUUGCUGGUGCAGGUCUUCUAUCGUGGUCAGGAAGAGGACGACGAAGCCCUCAUGGCCCCGUCCCUGAUCCAUUUGGCCCUCUGCGUGGAGCCCGAUGAUGUACUCCAACUCUUGAAAGAUUUCAUAGAGGAGCUUGGAAACAUGCCAGAGAAGGAGAACAUGAGGAUCGCGGACGUGGCUCCUGAUAAGAAGAAAAAGGCACGGACCCAGCAGCUCGGCAGCGAGAGCGAGGCAGAUCGCAAGGCACGCCGGCGACGAGAAGAAAGGAAGUUCUGGGAGCGAAUGGGCCACGUGAUCCCAGACAUGAACUUCCGUGUUUGGAAGGCAUUGGACGUGUUCCUCAAGCGCUACUAUGACCUUCUGCAAAAGAGAAGCAAGGCAACUGUUAGUCAGGUCACAAUGCAGAAACAAAACGAAGAGCUGAAGGCACUGUUAGAUCAGUACUUGGGCUCGAAAGUCAAUGAGGAACUGCAGGUGCCGCCGACGCAUGUCAUCACUGUGGUCUUGGACUCGGAGCCUCGUGUCGAAUCUUCUGGUUGCUGGACCCUAGCAGCCGCAGCCGCAGCUGUAGAGGGACGCCACGGUGGCUUGUCGCAGAGAGCUGACGCGGAAGGAGAAGGGCCAUCCCUCCAGCGGAUCAGGCAGAUCGAGAGUUUUCAUAUCGUGUUCGGCGUAGCGCAUAUCUAUGCCUCGUUCAACGACACCUUCGUCCACGUGACAGACCUGUCUGGGCGCGAAACCAUUAUGAGGGUGACCGGCGGCAUGAAGGUGAAGGCUGAUCGAGACGAAUCGUCGCCGUACGCUGCGAUGCUUGCAGCGCAGGACGUUGCGGCUCGCUGCAAGGAGCUUGGCAUCGGAGCUUUGCACAUCAAGUUGCGGGCGACAGGGGGCACCAAAACGCGAACUCCGGGGCCAG